GGCGGAGGGGGGAAGAUGGCGGCGCCCGUCCUGCUGAGAGUGUCGGUGCCGCGUUGGGAGCGGGUGGCCCGGUAUGCAGUGUGCGCCGCCGGGAUCCUGCUCUCCAUCUACGCCUACCACGUGGAGCGGGAGAAGGAGCGGGACCCCGAGCACCGGGCCCUCUGCGACCUGGGGCCCUGGGUGAAGUGCUCUGCCGCCCUUGCCUCCAGAUGGGGUCGAGGAUUUGGUCUUUUGGGUUCCAUUUUUGGAAAGGAUGGUGUAUUAAACCAGCCAAACAGUGUCUUUGGACUUAUAUUUUAUAUACUACAGUUAUUACUUGGCCUGACAGCAAGUGCAGUUGCAGCUUUAAUCCUCAUGACAUCCUCCAUCAUGUCUGUAGUGGGGUCUUUGUACCUGGCCUACAUCCUGUACUUUGUGCUGAAGGAGUUUUGCAUAAUCUGCGUCAUCACAUAUGUGCUGAACUUCAUUCUUCUUAUCAUCAACUACAAACGACUAGUUUACUUGAAUGAGGCCUGGAAACGGCAACUGCAGCCCAAGCAGGACUAACCACCUGAUGAACUCUUAACUGACAGUCUGAAGUCCCUUUUUCCAUUAAGUUUAUUUUGCAGCAGUUUGGUUGUUGUUGUUGUUGUUUUUUUAAUUCUUCACAACAGACACUUUCCCUAAGAAUCUUAAACUGAUUUUUUAAAAUCCUGUAAAUUAGAAGGAGCUCUAGUUAUUUUCUGUGUCAAUCUUCAUUUUAAAUAUGGAUACAAAAAAAAAAAAGAGGAUACGCCGAGCCAAUCAAAGACAAGCUUUAACUUUACUUUGGAGAUGUUUCUGAAAUAAUAAAUGUAGCCCUAGCCUCCUUCCCUCAAUUGUAAAGUGAGCAACCAUUGCUAGUAAUUCUCUAAUGUGUAUAAAUUACAUUUCAGCUAUAACAAAUGUGAUCAUGACAUGAAAAUAUUUUAGAAUAGAUACUGUAUUAAAUAUUGCCAUGUUUACAAUAUGUAAUGUUUUUAGCUGAUGGAUUUAAACAUGUAGAUUCAACUAGAAUCCAUUCAUGUGAUAUUUGUAAAUAAAGGUAGAAAUAUUGGAUCCAUCCCUGCAGAACUUACUGUACAGUUUAGUUGAAGUGUAGCAAUGAAGAAAUGUCAGCUCAAGGUUGACUGAGGAAAUAGUGAAAAUAGUAAGUCCAUACAGAGCAUCUUGUGAAAAGCACUGAGAGCUGUGGGUCUAGCAUUGACAGCAAAAAUAAUAGGGUGAUUGGUUCCCUUUCAUCUCCUUCCUCUGAAAGGAGGAAACUAAAUUUGGACAUUCAAGUCAAGCUUGUACCUAGUCAUAAAACUGGAUCAAUUAUAGCCUUACAGAAUGAGUCAUGAGACCAGACUUUCAAGUCCAAGGCCUUCAGGAUACUAAAGAUGGGAAAAUGGGUAGAUUUCUUUGGAGAAAAGCUGGAAAUAUUAAUAUGGCAUUUUUAGGUAAAAUCUCUUACAACAGUUGAAUUUUCAUGCAGAUAAUUUUCCUUAACAUUGGUGCCAGUCAACCAAACAGUAUUGACUUUGAAAUCAUCAGUAUAAGCCCAGUCGCUCCAGAGUAGGAUUGCUCUUGGGUAGCUCUGUAGCGUUUUCCCUGUUUCUUUCUACACUAAUUAACCAGACAUCUAGUUUAAUUGUUUUAGAGUCAGAUACUGGAUUUGUAAACUUUAGAGCUGACACGCUGCUCAGUUUGCUUAACUGGGA